UUUUGAUCCUUCCUGCUGCUGUGCGCGGGCGGGGUCUUUGCAGGGGCUGGCUGCACGCUCGCUCUCCUCGCACUCACAGACCAGACUGCUGACUCUGCGCUUCGCUCCAAAGGCAUUCAUUCUCAUCCUUCAGCAUACACUCAUCACUCGUAACAGCAAGCAGUGGCAGACAUCACAGGCGCAUUGACGAGGGCCUCAUUGGCAGAUCGGUGAGGGCCAGUCAUGCCUGCCAAAUCAGCAUCAAAGGUAGCAGCAGAUGCGCAAUCUGCUUCCGUCUCCCAACGGACUCGAUCCGCAGGCUCAUCGUCCUCGCUCAACUUUCUUCUCCUAUCUCUCAUAUUUCACCUCAUCUACUCUGCUUCCAUCUUUGACAUCUACUUUACCUCUCCCGUCAUUCAUCCAGAUCGACGGUACUCUUUAGCAGACACGUACAUCGACGAGCAAGGCGCGUCUUUAGAGCCUUUGCAUGCUGCUCAGCUAGCUCGGCAAGAGACGGCAAACCACACCGCCAAGAGGUUGGUGCUCAUUGUGGGCGAUGGAUUGCGAGCAGACACUGCUUUUGCCAGGCAAUCUCUCGAUCUGGCUCCUCUGUGGAAAAGACGAGAUGCGCUGGACCUCGAGCGGGAGAAGAUUUCGCAAGAAGAAGCGGCGAGGUCGUAUGGCUUGGAGUUGAGGCAUGAAUCGGCGCAAGGAAAAGAAGCAGAAUUCUAUGCUGCUCCAUAUCUGCGCAAAAUGGCCCUGGAAAAAGGCUCGUUUGGUGUGAGCCAUACCAGAGUACCUACCGAGAGCAGGCCGGGACACGUCGCGCUGAUCGCAGGCAUGUACGAGGAUGUCAGCGCUGUCACAAAGGGCUGGGCGCAGAACCCGUUGCCCUUCGACUCGCUCUUCAAUGCGUCUGCUCGCACUUAUUCCUUCGGGUCACCGGACAUCUUGCCCAUGUUCGCCAAGGGUGCAGUACCUGGUCGCGUGCUGACAGAGUCUUACGACGAGAGCGAUGAAGAUUUCACGCGUGAUGCAACGCACCUUGAUAUUUGGGUUCUGGAUAGGCUCAAGGCGCUGCUCGAUCGGGCACGCACCGACAGCACGCUCGAUAUCGAGCUCCGUCAGCCAGGCGUGGUAUUCUUUUUGCACCUGCUAGGCCCCGAUACGACGGGUCAUACGUAUCGUCCUCAAUCGCGCGAAUACGUCGGCAACGCGGCAGUGGUAGAUGCAGUCACCAAGGCCGCUGAGCAGCUACUGUCGGACUUCUUCAAUGACGAUCAACAGACUGCAUUCAUCUUCACUGCAGAUCACGGCAUGAGCAGAAAGGGGAAUCAUGGGGAUGGAGAGCCGGACAAUACUAGGACGCCCCUCAUUGCGUGGGGCAAAGGCAUCAAUCGUCCACGCCCUCUCAGUGUUGAGCAUGUAGAACAUCGACAACAUUUGGAGUGGCGUCAUGAACAACGGAUCAAAGAUACUUAUUACCAGAAGUGGGGAGCCAUGGAUCAGAUAUGGCGUCAAGAUGUAGAGCAGGCCGAUAUCACCCCUCUGAUGGCUUCCCUGUUGGGGCUUCCGAUGCCUGCAAAUUCCGAGGGCCGAUUGCCGCUCUCUUACUUGAAUUUCUCUCCAGAGCACGCUGCGCGUGCAGCGUUAGCCAACGCGCAGGGAGUGCUCGAGAUGUACAAGGUCAAGCACUCUCAAAGAGCAGCGCGGAUGCUCAAUUACAUGCCGUUUCACAAGUUGUUGCCCGAGGCUGACCUUCCUCCAGGAACGAAGAGGGUUGAUCAGAUCAGACUGCAAAUUCAGGCUGGACGAUACGAGCAAGCGAUCGAAGACUCUGCAAAACUACUUGAAGAUGCGCUUGAAGGAGCUCGAUACCUUCAGACCUACGACUGGCUAAUUCUAUGCGCCAUCAUCAGUGCGGGCUACCUGGGCAGCAUAGCUCACGGUCUAGCAUUCCUGCUCCGCACCUACGUUUUUCGCAACGAUCAGUUGCAACGCACCAGAGGAGGCAGGGGAGGAUUAGGGUUCUGGGUGGCUCUACCAGUGCUCAUAGCGCUCUGGUCCAAGUUUGCUCUCGAGCGAUCUCCUCCCACGUAUUUCUUAUAUGCCAUCUUUCCAGCCCUCUUUUGGGGUAGAGCACUGGACGAUCGACACUUGUUCCUCGCCGCUUGGCGCGCACUCCACGUUCGAUACGCCGCAUCCUCUCAUCCCACUCUGAGCCUGCUGCGCGGCACGCUUGGAAGAGCAUCUUUGGCCAUCAUUGCGCUUGCGGUCAUGGCGCUAGGAUACCUCGUCAGACCUGUUUGGAGCGUCGGCUUUUUGGUCAUAGGUUUCUUUUGGCCUGCUCUGGCCAUCGAUACGAAUACGAGGGCUAGACAUGAAGGUCUACUAUUACUUUGGCCACUGCUUUGCACCGUUUGUGCACUCUUCACCCUUGGAGGCUUGGACAAGGAAGAGAGCGUACCUUUUCUCGUCGGUAGCGGUGCGCUUUUCUUCCUGCUCGGUCUCGCGGCGCUCGGCCUCAAGGGACUCUACGGUGUUGGUGCCCCCCACUCGACUUGCGAAAAUAGCGGCGGUCCAAAAGUGGGCUCAUGCGCAAACGUGCCGAACACUGGUGACGCGCACGAAGCUCGCUUUUCGCGCGUGAUGAGGGUGCAGCUGAUCGUGCUGGUCGUCGCAACGGCAGUGACGGCUUCCUCGUCUUACAGUCUUCAAAGGAAGCAAGGUCUACCACUACCCAACCAAAUCAUCGCGUGGCUCGUUUUGGUCUUCUCCAUCACUUUUCCCCUCACGUACGGCUUUCGAAGCUCGUCCGGUACGACCGCCACGACCGCCAUAGAGGCGCAGUCGAGAGGACAGAGUGAUCGAGGCAGACAACCAGCGGCGCAUCGUUUGCUCAUGAUCGUCUUUGCCUUUGCCCCCGUCUUCAUCUUGCUCUCCAUCCGCGACGAGGCCCUCUUUUUCGCCAUUUACGUCGCCACUUUGCUCGUUUGGGCGCGCAUCGAAGGCGCGCUGCAGGAAGAACGCUUCCUGUUGCAAAGGUGCAAAGAUGACCUCGCUGCCGCUGAUCAGGAGACUACGUCGCAGUCGUCUACAUCAGACACACAUUGCAGCAUCGCUACGGACGAGCCGAGAGCCUUGGCCCUCGAAGAUCUGCGCAUCGUCAUCACCUUCAUCUUUUUCCUACACGUUGGCUUCUUUGGCACCGGAAACAUUGCAUCCAUCUCAUCCUUUUAUCUAUCACCGGUCUACCGGCUCGUGCCCAUCUUCAGUCCCUUCCUGAUGGCAGCAUUGCUCUUGCUCAAGAUUCUCGUUCCCUUCGUCCUCUUGGCUGCCAUCUUUCACGUCCUGUGUGUCACGCCUCGCUCUGCCGUCUUGGCGCAGGAGCCCAUCUCCACAAAGGGCAAGUUGGUGGAGCCCUCGACGAUUCUAGGUCCUCGCUCACCAGGUGGCUUGAACCUUGCCGAUCCAUACGCCCUCGUACUGGCCGCUUCUUGCGCAUUCGAAGUUUUGGCCAUCACCUUCCUCUUUGCGGUGCGCACAGAAGGCUCUUGGUUAGAGAUAGGAAGGAGCAUCACCCACUUUGUCAUGGCCAAUCUGCUGCAAGUCUUUGUGCUGGCCCUAGCCGGCCUAGCUGGCGUCGUUGUGGGCGGUCAAACAAGCGACGGUACGAGCAACUCCUACAAAUCUUGA